AUGGAACGAGGGUUUAUUUUCUCUCUUUUAGCCGUUUUUUCCGUCAUUUCCCUUUCAAUUUACAUCAUCACCCACCAUUACAAUCACAAUAACCGCCACCCUUUUCUUCCUUCUCCUUCUCCCCCGAAUUCCCUCAUUUCCAAGUCCGACGACAGAAUCUGGCCUAAAUUGGAGUUGAAUUGGAGAAUUGUGAUGGCAACGAUAAUAGGGUUCUUGGGUUCUGCAUUUGGAACAGUCGGUGGUGUUGGUGGUGGCGGCAUUUUUGUUCCCAUGCUUACUCUAAUCGUUGGAUUUGAUACCAAGUCUUCCGCUGCUCUUUCUAAGUGUAUGAUAAUGGGGGCAUCAGCAUCAUCAGUUUGGUAUAACCUAAGAGUACCACAUCCAUGCAGAGAAGUACCAAUUCUAGAUUAUGAUUUAGCACUCUUAUUUCAGCCUAUGCUUAUGCUUGGAAUCACUCUUGGUGUUGCUCUUAGUGUUGUUUUUCCCUAUUGGCUCAUCACUAUUCUUACCAUACUCCUAUUCUCAGGCACAUCUUCAAGGUCUUUCUUAAAAGCUAUAGAGAUGUGGAAGGAAGAGACAAUAAUGAAGAAAGAAAUGGAAAGACCACGUGAGCCAACUGUAAAUUCUCGUGGUGAACUGCUUAUUGACACAUACGAGCCACUGAUUCCUAAAGAAGAGAAAACACCAAUGCAAAUUUUUCUCUCUUCAAAUCAUUAA